UCUGGUGCUUUUUCUCUGUACCUUCCCUCUGUGAGUGAUUUAAAAAUAUAUCUUUUUUAUUUUCUCUCCCUCUUUAUAUCGUUCUGUCUCCUCUUCAUUAUUCUCUCUUGUUCUUCCCUCUCUCUCUCUCUGGCUUUCUCUCUUCAAGUCCCGUAUCCUGCUUUCUCUGUAUCAAAACGUUUCCAUUUCACAUGAUGCCCUUUUCUCAUCCCCCUCUCUUUUUUCUUUUUACUCUGUUCGCUCUGUCGUCCAUCUUUCAGACCAUCUCUCUCACUUACCCACUUCUUUACCUGUCAUGUUCUCAUUCAUCAUUUUAUUCUUCACAUCUCCUUUUCAGUUUGCAUUUUCCCUCCCUGUUUCCCUCUAGUUCUCCCCUUCGUAGCACUUGAUGCCUGAUGAAAAGAUGAUUGAUUGCGUCCGUCUCUCUACCAUCAAGGAGAUGAUGAGUGGCUGUAAAGCGCCGCCUACGGGAAGGUUCAGAGGACGUGACUCAGGUCAUCCCGUCAUCUUGAACAUCCUCUUCAUUUAUCCUCUUCAUGGCUUCUACCGCAUCGUUGACAUUGCUACUGGUCCAUGGAGCAGGUACCAUGAAGCUUCACUGCAGGAUCCUUCCCCUCUUCCUCCCUAUCCUCAAGCCCCUAGCACGUCAUAGGCCGCUCUGCUGCCUCCCAGCCAAUGGCAGGCCAACCACAGCCCCCAGACUCUUCCCCUCCUCCCGUCACCUGACCACUGAUGUCCCCUCCUCCCAGCCCCUGGUUGGCCAAGAUACAACGGUCAAAGUUAUGGGCUACUCCUACCCUCGUGAUGACUUUACCAACGUGACCAGCAAGAUCCUGGCCAAGGUGGGCUGCAACCUGCACAACCAAGCCCACCAUCCUCUCUGGCUCAUCAAAGAGCGAAUCAAAGCCCACUUCUACCGUGCCUACAUCAUGCGCUCUGGCAACCCGCUUUUCUCGGUCCAUGACAACCUCAGUCCGGUGGUGACGACGGAGCAGAACUUUGACAGCCUGCUCAUCCCGCCCGACCACCCCAGCCGGAAGCGAGGCGACAACUACUACCUCAACCGGGGCACCAUGCUGCGAGCUCACACCUCCGCCCACCAGAGGGAGCUGGUGUGCUCGGGGCUGGACGCCUUCCUGCUGGCGGGUGACGUGUACCGAAGGGACGAGAUCGACGCCAGCCACUACCCCGUGUUCCAUCAGAUGGAGGGUGUACGCCUCUUCUCCAACCACGAGUUGUUUGCCAAGGUGUCGAGUGGAGAGGACCUGUCUCUCUUUGAGAGCGGGGGGCACCGGACCCCUCAGAAGCAGGAGACACACACUCUGGAGGCGGUUAAGCUUGUGGAGUUUGAUCUGAAACAGACCCUCGACCGUAUGGUCAGACACCUGUUUGGAGAAGAGCUGGAGAUCCGCUGGGUAGAGUGUUACUUCCCCUUUACCCAUCCCUCCUUCGAGAUGGAGGUGCGUUUCCAGGAGGACUGGCUGGAGGUGUUGGGCUGUGGAGUAAUGGAGCAGGAGCUGGUGCACUCUGCGGGAGUGAGUAACAAGAUGGGCUGGGCAUUUGGACUGGGCCUGGAGCGCCUGGCCAUGGUGCUGUACGGGAUCCCUGACAUCCGCCUCUUCUGGAGCCAGGACGACCGCUUCCUGAAGCAGUUUUGCCUGCCCAGCAUCAACGACCCAGUCACCUUCCAACCCCUCAGUAAGUACCCACCUCUGAUCAACGACAUCUCCUUCUGGCUACCGGCCGAGGGCUACACAGAGAACGACUUCUACGACCUGGUGAGGAGCAUCGGAGGAGACCUGGUGGAGAAGGUCGCCCUGGUUGACCAGUUCACACAUCCAAAGACGCAGAAGCACAGCCACUGUUACCGCAUCACCUACCGCCACAUGGAGAGGACCCUGACCCAGGAGGAGGUGCGUGUCCUCCACGCCGCCAUCGAGCACACCGCCGAGCAGGAACUGGGCGUGAAGGGGCGGUACUGAGACCCCCUCCGCCGCACCCUCCCCUGGGUUGUGCUCAGAAACAGGAAAAAUCGGUUUAAAACCCGGCAAAAUGGAAAAGUACUACCCGAACUCAAAAUGUCCCUUUUUCAAUAGCUUUGUCACUGUGUGCCCUUCUGAACAUAACCAUGACUUACACGUUUCAAGCGGACGGACUUCGGCUGACUCUGUUCUCGGCUCUCAUAGAGACACGAGGGGAAUCCUACGGACCAUUCCUGGGGUUCCUCCUCUUGGUAGUACAACAAUAAUGAAAGUGUUUGUAGUACCUGCAGACGUAGGAUCUUCAUUUGAUUUCCCUUUUGUUGUUGAGAGUUUUGUAGUGUAUUCAAAGUUUUAAAACUAUUCUAAAGUUUAUAAUUUCCACUUUGAAAUAUCAGAGUUGAUUUGCCCCAACGAAAAAUGUAUCAACCCCUACAAAAAAGGUCCAGAAAUUAUAAUCACCAUAAUAAUUCAUAUUUCCUGUUGCUGCAGGACUAUUUACCUGAUUCAAGUAGUCAAGGGCUUGGUCAUUAGUUGUCAAGUUGAAUCAGGCGUGCUAGCUCUGGAUUAGUUUAAAUACAUGGAACGGAUGGCUGUCCCUGAGGAGAGGUUUGGUACGAGACUACAGGUAACGACUAGACCUCCUCGAAAGUGUGCUUCAAUGUGACUAUUAGAUAGUGGUCCUGUGUGGCAGAGUUUGUAAGAGCACCACUCUAGCAAUGCCAAGGUAGUGUGUUCAAUUCCUGCAUUGAUCACAUAAUAAAAAUGGAUGCUCGCAUUGUACUGUACAUUUCUUUGAAUAAAAGCGUCUGCUAUGUGAAAUUAUAGUCACUGAUUCUUCUGAACAAAGGGACACAUCCACUCUAGGCUCUACUCCACCUCGGUACCAAGCAACUCUUAUCAUUAGAGCCUCCAGUAACCUUUCAUGUGAAGUGGCUGACGCUCUUAAGUGACACAAUCCACAGCGUCGCGUCACCAGAGGGGGAAUGUGUUUGAUUUAAUAUGGACGUCACCUAAAGCCUUUCAUGCCAUUGGCUUCUUACCAGCCUGGCGAGAGAGACCGACGAACGAACACAAUACAGUCCUGUUGAUGAUUCAAUCGACAUUUGUAUUUGUAAUAUUUCCAUAAAAGAUGUGUUAUUAAGAGUGAGGAGGGGAUGUGUUGGUACACUACCUGACAAGCAUUGUAAUAGAAGCCGCUAUUGUCUCAGUGCUGGGUGAAAGUACAAAGAGUGUCCUUUAUGUCCGUUCGCUUAACAUGUGAUUUCAAAUCAACUGUGACGUUUGGUUAAAGUCCUGGCGAUCGUUCUUUCUGAGCAGAGCACACACAAUAUUUGAGGAGCUGCGGUAAUGAUUUUAUACCGCAGAUUGAGCACCAAUGUUUUUGGAACAACCUCUGCCCUCAUCAGUCUUGUUAACAGAGUGAUUAUGCAUUUGCACUAGGUCUAUUACGCCCGCUAUUCUAUUUACGACUGGAAGAACCUGUGUGAAUACCAGAUGAGACUGUGUUCCAUAUUUAUUUGAUGUGCUGUAAGCCUCUUCAUUAAGAAGUCAUUAGAAACAUUAACACUUCAUCCCCUGCCUCCAGAAUCAUCAGGAUGCUAUUGCUGUUCCACUGCUACCGUUGGGUAUACAGAGCACUAGAUUGACAAACUGACCCAACAGAAUAGAGCUGUCAAAGAAAGGGCCCAUUCUUUAUGACAAUGUUUGUUUCUUUUUUUAAAUAAAUUGGCUGGAGAGGAACAGAGAAAAUUCAA